AUGGCUACAGUGCGCAUCUGCGUCUGCGGAGAUGAGGGCACUGGCAAGUCCAGUCUCAUUACCUCUCUCGUGAAGGGUGUCUUCGUGACGAACAAAAUCCAGCCAGUCCUACCUCAAAUUACCAUUCCUCCCACGAUCGGAACGCCUGAGAAUGUCACGACCACCACAGUGGUGGACACCUCCGCUUUACCACAGGAGCGGAGCAACCUGGCCCGCGAAAUCAGAAAGUCGAACGUGAUUUUGUUGGUUUAUUCCGAUCAUUACAGCUAUGAAAGAGUCGCUCUAUUCUGGUUGCCGUACUUUCGAUCUCUGGGGGUUAACGUGCCGGUUGUAUUAUGCGCCAAUAAGUCGGACCUAGCUGCUGAUCAUACCGAAGCCCAAGUCAUCGAGGAGGAAAUGCUACCGGUGAUGGCGGAGUUCAAGGAAAUCGAUUCCUGUAUACGUACCAGCGCCCGCGAACAUCGCAACGUGAACGAGGCUUUCUUCCUUUGUCAAAAAGCCGUCACUCACCCAAUCGCUCCACUGUUCGAUUCGAAAGAGUCCGCGCUGAAGCCAGCAGCGGUUGCAGCUUUGCAACGCAUCUUCUAUCUCAGCGAUAAGGAUCGAGAUGGCUAUCUUUCGGAUAAAGAAAUCGAAGACUUUCAGAUGAGAUGCUUUGAUAAGCCUUUAAGCAAGGAGGACCUUGUCCACAUCAAGGAGACGAUCCAGAAAACACACCCGGACUCUGUGACCCCAUUUGGCAUUGACUGCCGAGGGUUCAUACAUCUGAACAAGAUGUACGCAGAAAAGGGACGCCACGAGACCGUCUGGAUUAUUCUACGCGCAUUCCAAUACACCGACAAUCUUUCACUACAAGAGAGCUUCCUUCAUCCCCGAUUCGAAGUACCGCCUUUUGCAUCUGCUGAGCUGUCGCCGGAAGGAUAUCGGUUUUUUGUCAAUCUCUUCCUGCUGUCGGACAAAGACAAUGAUGGUGGCUUGAAUGACGCCGAAUUGGCGUCCUUGUUCGCCCCGACUCCUGGUCUUCCAGCUUCUUGGGCGGACGGCUCAUUUCCUUCCUCCACAGUCCGGAAUGAGGCUGGCCACGUCACUCUUCAAGGCUGGCUUGCUCAGUGGAGUAUGACAACCUUCCAAUCACCGAAGACGACUCUGGAGUAUCUGGCUUAUCUUGGCUUCGAGUCGUCCGAUAGGAGUAAUCCCUCUACAACGGCUGCCUUGAAAGUCACGCGGCCGCGAAAGAGACGGAAGCGCCCUGGACGUGUGGGCCGCAAUGUCGUCUUGGGCCAUGUGCUUGGAGCUCCAGGAUCGGGCAAAUCAGCGCUUCUCGAUGCCUUCCUUGCGCGUGGCUUUAGCUACACUUAUCGCCCGACUAUCCAGCCCCGGACUGCUGUCAACACGGUUGAGCUGCCCGGGGGUAAACAAUGCUACUUGAUUUUGGAUGAGCUAGGAGAACUGGAGCCCGCCAUUCUUGAAAACCAGGCGAAGCUUCUGGAUCAAUGCGAUGUCAUUGUAUACACGUAUGACUCCUCAGACCCGGACUCCUUUGCCUAUAUCCCGCAGCUACGGUCCAAGUAUCCGCAUCUUGAAGAGCUUCCGAGUGUUUUUAUUGCGCUUAAGGCCGAUCUGGAUCGUACCACGCAACGGGCUGAGCAUCAGCCCCACGAGUACACGGCCAUGCUGAAUAUGCCGAGUCCGCCGCUCCACGUCAGUGCUACUUGGAGUUCCAUCCAAGAGGUGUUUGUACACAUUGCAGAGGCUGCCAUGGAGCCUAGCACUGCUUUCCCCCGGAGUGAGGAAGACGUGGAGGGGAAAUGGAUGGCCUGGGGUAUAGCACUUGGAGCAGUGGUUUGCGCGGGGGCUGCUGCCGUGAUGAUUUGGCGAAGAAUUGAUACCCCGGGAAGCUUUGUUCUUCCGCCUCCGCCUCCUCGCUACACCGUGCCGGUCGCUUAUGCCGCUGGCGCGGCAAAUGGCAUGGCAGUGCCGGUCGUAGAGACCAAUAACAUACUCAGUCAUCCAGAGGGCGGCUGCCCGCUACAGGUUGGAGAAGGCACCUAUGAACUCAAGGACGACCUGCACCUAGCAACCCCUCCUCCACACCCAUCUGAAGCUCCAAUUAUUAAUCCAAAUCCGCUUGCGACUGUUCCUACACCUCCGACAUCCGGCGUCAAAGUUUCACUAGUUUGUGUCAGCCCUCGAAGCAAAACUCCCUCGUUCAUCUCAAAGCAGAUCGUAACAGCGCCCCAUUUUGGAGACGGAAACCCGGCACUGGUACCUGCUCCUGUCAAGGACGGGCUGAAAAGGCGGAAGCCCAAGAACAACAUUAUCAAGAGCAGUUCGUCCUUCGUCUCACGGGUCAUCACUCAUGAAGCGGCAACGAAGCGGUUGAGUGAGCGGAGUCCGGAAGGCCUUUUUGCUUUCGCCAAUAUCAACCGCGCCUUCCAAUGGCUUGAUCUCAGUUCGAAGCAGAAGGAAGAGCCGCUUGCAAAGAUUCUUUUCACAAAGGCGCACAUGUUGUGUCACGAUAUUAAUGAGGUCACCAAAAGCCCUUCUCAUAUCGACAUGGUUAUGGGUUCCUCUGCUGGUGACAUCAUCUGGUACGAGCCUAUUUCUCAAAAGUACGCCCGAAUAAAUAAGAAUGGAGUCGUCAGCAAUUCUCCGGUCACUCAUAUUAAAUGGAUUCCUGGGUCGGAAAAUCUGUUUAUGGCGUCACACGCAAACGGACAAUUAGUAGUCUAUGAUAAAGAGAAGGAAGAUGCUCUUUUCACCCCUGAAAUUCUGGAUCAGUCAGCGGAGGCACUCAAGGCAUCCAGUAGACAGCCGCUGCAGGUGUUAAAGUCCGUCAACUCUAGGAACCAAAAGACUAACCCUGUCGCUCUUUGGAAACUUGCAAACCAAAGAAUAUCGCACUUUGCAUUCUCCCCAGACCAAAGGCAUUUGGCAGUUGUCUUGGACGAUGGCUCUCUACGAGUGAUGGACUACUUGAAAGAAGAGGUCUUGGACAUUUUUCGCAGUUACUAUGGUGGUCUCAUCUGCGUCUGCUGGUCACCUGAUGGCAAAUACAUUGUCACUGGCGGACAGGAUGAUCUAGUGACUAUUUGGUCUUUCCCAGAGCGUAAAAUCGUAGCCCGUUGUCAGGGUCACAGCUCUUGGGUUUCCGCGGUCGCCUUCGAUCCGUGGCAGUGCGACGAACGGACCUACAGAUUUGGGAGUGUUGGUGACGACUGCAGGCUUCUUCUGUGGGACUUUAGCGUUGGCAUGCUGCACCGACCGAAAGUGCAUCAAGCCAGCGCCCGUCAGCGAACAAGCAUGAUCGCUGGCAGUUCACAGUAUGGCAACCGUCACCGAGCUGACAGUGCGGGCAACAGGAUGAGGUCAGAUUCUCAAAGGACCGCAAACACCUAUGAGAGUUGUGACCAAGCUGUCCGUCACCCUGUAGAACCCAGAGCACGCACUGCCUUACUGCCGCCAAUCAUGUCCAAAGUCGUUGGUACGGACCCUAUCUGCUGGCUGGGCUUUCAAGAAGAUUGUAUCAUGACCUCUUCUCUCGAAGGCCACAUUCGCACCUGGGACCGUCCUCGAGAAGGCAUAAAUGACAAGUACAAUGACCAGUCAUCGUCACCGGCGGUCAGCGCCAGCGCAGCUGGAUCAGGAUCCGUCUCGGGCUUGCUGAACCCGCCAUGGGCUCGCUCUGAGGACUUGUAA